CGCUGUUCAUUUUGUUCAUAAUAGGCUGUCGUUGUUCGCAUCAAGAGUUGUACUCCGCCCGUUACCAAACAGUGCUCGGAUGGGUUCUUCCAACGGAGCGGCGGUGGUGGCGAUACUGAUGAUGUGGCUCGCUUGGGGUGUGUUUGGCGGCAAGUUUAGCAGCGACGUGGAGAUCACGUGGGGGGAUGGCCGGGGGAGAAUUGCGGAUAACGGGAACUUGCUGACGCUGUCCCUGGACAGAGCUUCCGGCUCCGGCUUCCAGUCAAAGGCGGAGUAUCUGUUCGGAAAGAUCGACAUGCAGCUCAAACUCAUCCCCGGAAACUCCGCCGGCACUGUCACUACCUAUUAUGUAAUUAUCUCACAAGGGUCAGCCCAUGAUGAGAUAGAUUUAGAGUUCUUGGGGAACUUGAGUGGCGACCCUUAUAUUGUCCACACAAAUAUAUACACUCAAGGCCAAGGCAACAGAGAGCAGCAAUUCUACUUGUGGUUUGACCCAACUGCGAAUUUUCACACCUACUCCAUUCUCUGGAAUCCCCAAACCAUCAUAUUCUACGUUGAUGGCACGCCCAUUAGGGUGUUCAAGAACUUGGAGUCGCGACGCAUUUCAUAUCCAAAGAGGCAACCCAUGAGGGUGUAUGGCAGUCUUUGGAACGCCGACGAUUGGGCCACCAGGGGCGGCCUCGUCAAGACAGAUUGGAGCAAAGCCCCCUUCACCGCUUCUUUCCGAAACUUCAAGAACGACAAUGCCUGUGUUUGGUCCGCCGGAAAAUCAUCUUGCGACUCGCCCAAGUCCAACUCUACUCGCCGCGCAUGGUUUUCUCAAGAGUUGGACUCCGGUGGCCAAGCCAAACUCAAGUGGGUGCAGCAAAAUUACAUGGUGUAUAAUUAUUGUACAGACAAAAAGCGUUUUCCUGGUGGCUUUCCCCCAGAAUGCGCUCUCAUCAACUAACCGUGAGAAAGUAAAAAUCCAUACAAUUACUUAAAUAGAAUUGUAGGAUAUAUCAUAUAUAUACUGUUAAGUGUUAUAGUUAAUGCAUUUUAAUUUUCUUUUUUUACUUUUUAGAAUUGUAAUUGGUCGCUUUUUAUAUUUUGAAUAAAAUGUAUUUCUUCACUA